UUAGAGCGGGAAACCCGUCAGGCUAUGUAAAAAGCCUAUCAAGAUGGCUGCCGUAUGAAGUGUUUACUGUCAUUUGUACGCUGUACAACGACAUGAAAAAGUCCCCUGUUGAAUCAAAAAUUUUGUCGGAUCUGUGAUGUAUUUGUCGUCCAAAAUGUCAGAUACCCGAAGGAGAGUUAAGCUUUAUGUUCUAAAUGAUGAGCGACAAUGGGAUGACAGGGGGACUGGCCAUGUAUCAUCAUGUUUGGUGGAACGACUGAAUGGGAUGUGUUUGCUGGUUUGUUCGGAAACGGAUGGUUCUAUCCUGUUGGAAUCCAAAAUUCAGCCAGACACUGCAUACCAGAAGCAACAGGAGACUCUGAUUGUUUGGUCUGAAAAUGACAAUUAUGACUUGGCUCUUAGUUUCCAAGAGAGAGCAGGCUGUGACGACAUCUGGGAGAUCAUAUGCCAGGUUCAAGGCAAAGAUCCGUCGGUUGAUAUCACCCAAGAUGUUGUGGAUGAAUCCGAAGAAGACCGCUUUGAGGAACUCCCUGAAGCAGCCACACCUAUCGAACUACCUCCUUGUGAAAUUAGCAAACUGGAGGAAAUAACAGAGCUCUUCUGCAGUGCAUUGCAGUCCCCCAUCAAACGGGAAAAGCUUGCCAUAGCAAUAGAGAAGGAGAAUUACAUUCGGAAACUCAUUGAACUAUUUUGUAUUUGUGAGGACCUUGAGAACACAGAAAGCUUACAUUACUUGUACGAGAUCAUGAAGAACACCAUCCUUCUCAAUAAGACCUCACUUCUUGAGAUUCUGUUUUCAGAUGAACUCAUCUACGAUGUGGUGGGCUGUCUAGAGCACGAUCCCAGUGCCACGGACUGUCGGCGGCACCGGGAGUAUUUGAACUCAAAGGCGAACUUCCAUGAAGUGAUCCCUAUCACAAACACAAACCUUUUGAAUAAAAUCCACCAGACUUAUAGAGUUCAGUACAUUCAGGAUGUCAUUCUGCCCACACCUUCUGUCUUUGAAGAGAACAUGUUGUCAACACUUAGCUCAUUUGUCUUCUUCAACAAGGUGGACAUUGUAGAUAUGAUUCAGGACGAUGAGAAAUUCCUACCGGAGCUCUUUGCACAACUCAUCAGUGAGAGUACAGAGAACCAGAGGCGGAGAGACCUUGUCCUAUUCCUCAAAGAAUUCUGCUGUUUUGCUCAGAAUAGUCAGAACAGAGAAGGCUUCUUCAAGACAUUAUCAAGCUUAGGUAUUCUCCCUGCCCUAGAAGUAGUCUUGGGUAUGGACGAUUCAGAGGUGAGGCAAGCAGCGAUAGACAUCUUCUCCUUGGUCGUAGGAUUCAAUGCCUCCAUGGUGAGGGAGUUCAUCAUGCAUGAAGGCUCAGCAUCGGAAGACGAUGUGCUACUAAUCAACCUUGUCAUUGAGCAGAUGAUUUGUGACACAGAUCCAGAUCUUGGCAGUGCGCUUCAGCUGAUGAACAUCCUCAAGAUGCUUCUAGAUCCUGAAAAUAUGAUGGCAACUGGAGUUCAGAAGACUGAGAAGACGGAAUUCUUGACAUUCUUCUACAAGCACUGUAUGCAUGUUCUUACUGCUCCUCUCCUUGCCAACACGAUAGACGACAAACCCAGUAAAGAUGACUACCAGACAUCCCAGCUGCUGAGUUUGAUCCUAGAGCUAUUAACGUUUGCAGUGGAGCAUCAUACGUACCACAUAAAGAACUACAUCAUCAACAAAGACCUCCUCAGGAGAAUAUUAGUCGUACUCAGAUCUUCACAUCAUUUCCUUGUAUUAUGUGCUGUGCGAUUCUUCAGGAAGGUUGUAGCUAUGAGGGAUGACUUCUACAAUCGGUAUAUUGUGAAAGGGAACCUCUUUGAACCCUUGGUCAGUCUCUUCAAUGUUAACCGGUCCAAAUACAACCUACUCAACUCAGCUCUUAUCGAGCUCUUUGAGUUCAUCAGGAUAGAGGGAAUCAAGAUGCUCCUGACACACAUAGUGGAGAAGCAUGGGGAGGAGCUGAAGGAUGUAGACUAUGUAGCAACGUUCAAGGGACUCAGUGUCAAGUAUGAGCAGUUCAUGGACAGAAUCAACACAAGGCCAAACCUAGACAAUUUGAGGCAUGCGAGUAUCCUGCAGAACACUAGAUUUCGACGGGAUGCGCGUGACCUGGAUGAGGAGGAAGAGCUCUGGUUCGAUCAGGAUGAAGACGGAGAGGACUCGGAAGCAGUGGUCCCGGUGGUAGACAGCGCAUUCCGAUCAGCCAAGAUCUGUGGAGAUGUCAUAGAUGAGGUAGAAGACACAGGAAGGAUAAUUGGCAACAAGAAAGAAAACCAGCUAUUGAACAGGACCGAACCUCUGAAUGCCAGCAACGGAAGACCAGACACGCCUCUCCGGCCAUCAACGGGUAACAAUCCCAACAAGAGAGCAGCACCAUCGGCCAGACCCUCCAGUCCUAUCCCUGUGUCAUCCAAUACAUCGACGACGUCGCCAGCAAUCAAGAAGCUUGGUGGUGCCGACACGGAGCUAGCUAAUAACAUAGGUGGCAGCGCAGAGGCAAAGAAGGUUUCACCAGCAUCUGUGUCUGAAAUGAAGGCAAAUAGUGUGGCAAAGCAGGGAGGCCUGGUUGGAUUAGUGGACUAUCCUGAUGAAGAUUCCGAUGAAGACGAAGACACAGAUGAUCAUCCUCCAUUGAAGAGAGUACGUUUGAUCUAGGAAGCUUGCAGUCAGAUAAACCCGUCCUCCACCUUACUCACGUAUGCCUUGACUGAGAUGCCGGUCCUCUUGAGACUCAUGCAGACCAACCCUGGAUGCUGCCUGCCAAGCUCACCAUCACUUGCAGCAACAAGUCUUACCUCAUGCAGGGUUCACGUCUGCCUCAAGGGACCUUGGAAAGACAUGCACACUCCAGCAACAAGAAUCAAGCUUAGGGCUUCCUCGAGAGGCUACAAGCUUGAUGGAAAUGAUGAUGAUGAUGAUGAUGAUGAUGCGAGUGCGCCCUGCCUAGAUCAGAAGGAACUGCUGGAUGGAUACCCCCAUACAGUUCCAUUGUCCAUCAUCAUCCGAGACAGAUUAAAUUGCUUUCUUCUGCUUGUCCCAAGCUUGGGAAGUCUUGCAAUCUUAAAUCAGAGGUCUUGGUCAUGGGUCCUUACCAAGCAUUCGUUUGGGCUUUAAAACAUGCACUUGUGUAUUUUAACGUUUUGGGUAUUUUUUUAAAAGGCCAAUCUUUUUCUUUUUUUAAAACUGUAGAAUCCAGUAUGACCUUCAUUCAUACACGCUACUUACAAUUAUGAUAUUCACAGAUUUGGACAAGGGCAAGAGUGGGAUGUAUCGUUAUCUUUUUUUGGAUAAUGCUAUACCAUGAGCCGGCGAAGGAGGAGAUGAGAAAGAUAGGAUGCUUUAGGAUUUCUUUCAUAUAAAGACCCAUGACUUAUAAUGCCAGUGAGAUAGGAAACGCACUGCUCCUGGGUAGACCAGGGUAGACGAGGGUAGAUGCGAUUGCCUGAGUGGUAUUAUCGGUUAAAAUUGUCCCAUGGAUUCUAUGCUGCACCACCAUCUCUCAGGAAUAUGAUGGGAGUACGUACGUAACUCAAGGCCCCAUCACUAACCCAUAUGUAAAGCAGUGUACAAUUGUAGAAGUCAGAUAUUUUUCAUACCACUUUCCAAGUUGAUGAGUGUAUUUUGCAUAUAUAUAGUUGUCGUCGUGUACGUGGUCGAAUGUGCUUGACAAUUUCCAAGUGCGCACUGUGUCAGAGAUGAGAGAGAGAGUGUGUGAGAGAGAGGGAUGUGAAGUUAUGGAGGUUCUCUCAGUCUGUCAUGCCAAUCCAUACAAAAUUGUAUUCUUUUUUUGUGAGACUUUGUAUGUGAUUGUCAACCUUUUCAAGUUAUAAUAUUUUCAUGAGAGAAAAGACAGCAGGAGCGAUGGUUUCCAUUUCAAUUCCUCUGAAUCCCUUCCAAUGACAAAUAUUGUAUGUGUAAUGGAAGAUAGAUUUGUGGAAGCCUUCAUCGUUUAAAGAAUGGAAUAUUUCCACAAAUCUCUUCUUGCUUCGUACAAAGUAUAUGCUAGAGCAAGUGGAAGGUAUGUAGUAUUGCUCCUCCUAUGUCUUCUUCAUGUAUUAGGUGUGUCAACUGUCAGACAAGGAACUUUCACAUUUCCCCCAUAUUUCUUAAAUUGUAUGAAACUUAAGUUAAUUCAUAGAGAUCUUACCUCAUUUUUGUAAAAGGUUAAAUUUUACAUCGUUCUAAGUUCUUAAUAUCUUUGUUGAAUUAGGCAUGUGAUAGCAUGAUCUUGUCAAAGGUACCGAGAAUGUGACAACAUAUCCUCAUCUUCACCAGUAAUAUCUUUUCCGAUGGUGCUAAAUAUCAAUCAUUCAGCUGCAUCAAAAUAGGUUGACUAGAUCUAACCAGCUGAUUAUUUCGACCAUUUUCAGUUUCCCGUUGCAAGUAGACCUCAUGCAACACGCAUUUAAAUGUGUUUCUCCGUAAGGUAACCAAUCAUGUAGUUAGAGUCUCUUUCAGUUACAUCUGAGUAAAGAAAGGCAUUCCAAAUAUGUGCACAAAAAUUUGCUGUUUGUUUCAAUACCCAUCCUGUCCCGCCCCCACACAUUCUCCCUUCUCUUUUUCUCCAUGCUCUUUUGUUCUAUGUUGACAAAUAUGGUUUAAAAUUUAUUUAAAAAAAGAAGGAAUUGCAUUUUGCUUAUGUUGUCUUUGAUGAUAGAUUUUAUUAUGUGUCUUAAGUGACUAAUGCUGGUACUUAUUCAAUUCUGGUUGAGAGAGAGGUAUAUUUUUGUGGAUAAUGACACUGAAUCAUUUCCUUCUCUUCUAUGUUGUUUUGAUAUAUCCUUUACUUCUGUUUAUGUCUGUACAAAGCAAAGAUGCGUUGCCACAAUGUUUUGUUAUUAUGCUGUGUGUAAAAUAUCAGAGUGCACCAAUACAUGUAUAUCUUUGUACAGCUAGUCAUCAUUUGUGGCAGAAUAGUAAACUUUUAUUUCCAAAAUGAUAAAAUAAAUUGUGACAUUAUCUCAUAUUUAAUGGUGCCUGACCUGAUACAUGUUUCAAUGUCGACUAGCAUCUUCCCUCUUUUACCAUUUUUAGAUGGUUUUAUCGGAUUUUACUUGUAAUUUUUUAAUUUGUAAUUUAUUUUGUUCAUAUGAAAAUUUAAUUCUUGUCAUUUCACAUUUUAUUUGAAAUUUACUCCAAAUAUUUGUAGAUUUCAAUAGACAGAGAGAAGUAUAUGUAGUAUAAUAUUGCGAAUGAUAUAUUUGGAGUUUGUUCAAACUGUAUCUUUGACUUCUACAUAUGGUUUACUUAUGCAAGUACAUGUAAUGACGAGCAUGUCACAUCCUCCUGAUCAGGUUAAUUUUAUUUUGUAUUUUGUCUUAAUAUGAAUUUCAGUUGGAGUAAAUACAACUGUGCUUGCAAAGCAUUUGCCAAACUUUCUCAAAGAUACCUGUUACAAGAGUAGAUACAAACUUGUUUUCACUGUGCUGUUGAAUGAUUUAAUUGGGCAUUUCUCCCCUUACUGGUUUGUUUUCACUGUUGAAUGUUAAGAUUCAGAUCCAACACAAAUUUUAAGAUGCAAUUUAUGAAACCUUUGUCCAUUAAGUGUCAAAUUAUGAUUUUGUGGGGGCUUGGAAGAGAAACACAGAAUCUACUGCAGGGCUUCACACUAAUUAUGGUCCUGCUGGAUAGCGUAAUUGAACAAUCGUUCAUACGUUGGGGUGUCUCGGUCUCUAAUUUUAGAGUACCACAUGUUCUAUGACACUGGUUAGUGUCAAGCCCUGCAUACUACAUUGUCAGUUCAGAUCUGGAGUCUCUGUUUUGUCUGUUAAUUUCUCUAUAUCGCAUGAUCCAGAUUGAAAUGUAUUUAUUAUGUUGAGCAAAAUCAUUCAGUAUUUAAUGAAGAGGCAUGCAAUGACAUUGCCUUGACAUAACACUAACAUGCAAGAUGCUUAGACUGUUGAGUAGAAAUGAGUUAUCCUAAUGGGUUUAUCUUCUGAUGUUGUCUUCAAAUUUGAGAGUGUCCUGUGUAUUUGUCAUUUAUAGCACACCCUCUGCCAUUUACUUUCACCAGCUAAAGAUAAUCAUCAACAUUAUCUUGGUUAUUUGAGCUCAUUUCCCUCCUUCUCCCUCUCCCCUUUCUUUUUCUGUAACUUGAACAUGAUUUAUAUUUGCCUUUCAUUGCCUCAUAUUGAAGGUCUACCAUCUCACCUCUCUCCUCCCCCCCCCCCCCCCCCCCCCCCCUCUCCUCCUCCCCACCAAUCCCUUUCUACCAUCUACCUGUCCCUAUAAUUUGCCUAAUUCAAAUUCACUUCUCUUGUCUCCUUGCUCCAUAUGAGCAAGACCACAGCAUGUGAAUCUAAAUGGCAGUUGGCAGUACUGGGUCGUAUAUUUGUAGAACACUUUUUUUAAUAAUGAGAGAGCGGAGAAAAAGAAACUAUGAAGUACAAUGAUAUGAACUAUAUGAUAGGGUGCCUGAUUGCUAGAAAUGGAUUGAAGGUCACCCUUUUUUGUGAAAUGUAAAUAAAUUCUUUGGAGCAGAACAACAGAAAACGCA